CGCCCACGUCAUCUCCCCUGGCCGUCCUAAUCAAUCAAUCGCCUAAGUUCCCCUCCCAAGUUCCCUGUUUCUCUCUCUCUCUCUCUCGUCGAUGGUUCGUGUAGAUCGGGCCUUAUUUUCUCGCUGAUUUGCCGGGAAAAUGGAGGAGCCGUUCUUCGAUGUUGUGGAGUUUCUGAGGCGGCCUUCGAUAGCCGAGACAUUUGUCGACAUAUUGCUGUGCGCAGUACCGAUAUGGGUGGCGGUGAUGAUCGGGCUGGUGAUCGGGUGGUCGUGGCGGCCCCGGUGGACGGGCAUCGUCUUCCUUGGCUUCCGCUCCAAGCUCCGCUUUCUCUGGACCGCUCCGCCGGGAUUCGGCGCCCGCCGCCUCUGGCUUGCCUUCUCCGCCCUUUCCGCCUUCUCCGUUUGCCGCACCGUUUGGUCCAAUUCCAAACGCCGAAGCAAGGAAUCGCCGGCGACGGCCGAAUCGAAGCUUUCCACACAAGGAAAUAGCGACGCUGUUGGCCCCACCACACAAGCUGAGAAGAGAGUGCAGGACAUUGUGACAGAGAAUGAUUUAGAACACCUAUUACAUCUUCUCGAAGGGAAAGAUAGAGAGAUGGAAUGGCAAAGUAUGAUGGAGAGGUCUACUCCUAACAUGGCAUACCAGGCUUGGCGCCAUGAGCCAGAGACAGGUCCAACAGUUUACCGUAGUAGAACUGUCUUUGAGGAUGCAACUCCGGAGGUGGUAAGAGAUUUCUUCUGGGAUGACGAGUUUCGACCUAAAUGGGAUCCUAUGCUUGUAUACUUCAAAAUAUUGGAGGAAUGUCAAGAUACAGGGACAAUGAUUGUUCACUGGAUAAAAAAGUUCCCUUUCUUCUGCAGUGAUCGGGAAUAUAUCAUUGGUCGAAGGAUAUGGGAGGCCGGGAAGGCCUAUUAUUGUGUGACAAAGGGGGUGCCAUAUCCAGCUUUGCCCAAGCGUGACAAGCCUCGACGUGUCGAGCUAUAUUUCUCUAGUUGGAUUAUCAGGGCUGUGGAAUCUCGCAAGGGAGAUGGACAGUUGUCCGCAUGUGAGGUUACCCUUAUACAUUAUGAAGACAUGGGGAUUCCCAAAGAUGUGGCAAAGCUGGCACUCCGUCAUGGGAUGUGGGGAGCUGUCAAGAAAUUGCACUCCGGGAUGAGAGCAUACCAGAAUGCGAGAAAAUCCGAGGCUUCUUUGUCUAGAAGUGCUUCGUUGGCAGCAAUCACCACGAAGAUUUCUUCAGGCGGAACCAUGGACUCAUUAGUGCCAGCUUCUGGUGAAGAAGAAGAACUAGUUCGCCGCAAAGAGAGACCAAAAGGUGAUGGCAUCGAUUGGAAAUGGUUAGCCAUAGGUGGAACUGUGGCUCUGGUUUGUGGACUUCACUCGGGUGCAAUAGGGAAAGCCUUGUUACUCGGAGCAGGGCAGAGAAUUGCUCGGAGGUGAGAGUUAGCCUAUGAGAAGAGACAUUGUAUUUGUAUCUGUUUUGAGGUUUCAUUAAAAAUUCAUUCACUUUUCGACACAUAGAAUAUUGUUCUUCAUUGACAUACCAAAAAAGUUGUUUUUCUA